GAUGAAGCCUGUUGCUGAUCCGAGUGCGCGAAAGAGCAUCAGCUAGUUGGGGGAGUGAGAGGGAGGAGUUGCAAUUCAUGCCGGCUAAUUGAUUUUGUAUCGGCGGACGGCGGCCAGUGUUCAGUGUUGGUCCGAUCUCCGAUCUCCAGCCACGCAACCGCGUUUCUCCUCUCAACCUUGGCCUUGACAGGACAUCGGAGACAGGUAGGUGCAUGAUGUCUGAGUUCAGAGCAGAUGGUUCGCACACGUUCGGAGUGAUGGACUACACAGUGUUUGCCUCCAUGCUUCUUGUGUCGGCUGUCAUCGGCUUCUACCAUGGCUGCGAUAUUUUCAACUUCAAGAAGAAUAAACCCAAGGCGAAAAAUAACGCAGUUGGAGAAUUUUUGACCGCCAAUGGUGAGAUGUCCACAUUGCCUGUGGCUCUAUCCAUGCUAGCAAGUUUUCUGUCGUCUAUAACACUAAUGGGACAGCCAGCUGAAGUGUAUCUCUAUGGACCGCAACUCUGGUUAUUUGGACUGUCGAGCCUCAUCAUAGUUCCAAUUGUCGGAAAUGUGAUGGUUCCCUUUUUCAGAGACAAGAACUACACCUCUGCAUAUCAGUAUUUUGGAGACCGGUUCAAUAGAAAGCUUCAAUUUCUAACAUCUUUUCUCUUCAGUAUUCAGAUGGUAUUAUACUUGGCACUAGUGCUGUAUGCUCCUGCCCUCGCUAUGCAUCAAGUUACAGGCUUCAACACUAUGCGCAUAGUAACCAUUAUGUAUGUGGUCUGCAUAUUCUACACUACACUAGGAGGAAUGAAAGCUGUAGUGUGGACAGAUACAUUCCAAGUAUUAGUGCUCUAUGCAGCCAUGGUUAUUAUUUUGAUAAAGGGUACUUUGGAUAUAGGAGGAGUCGGCGUCAUCUGGCAAAGGAACACUGUUUUCAAUAGGACGGACUUUUUCAAUUUCCAUUUGGAUCCAACAGAGAGAUAUACAGCAUUCUCGUCACUUAUUGGUUCUGGAUUCCUUCAUAUGGCGUUUUAUGGAGGAAAUCAACUUCAAGUGCAGAGAUACUUUACUGUGAAAUCCAACGAGCAAGCUAAGAGAAUGCUGUGGGUGAACUGCUUCGGUUGGACGAUUGUGGUAGUCUUGACUGUGUACACCGGAAUGCUAAUUUUUGCCAAAUAUUGUUAUUGUGAUCCUCUGCUGACAGGUGCUGUUAAAACUCCAGAUCAGCUCUUUCCACUAUACGUCAUGGAAACUCUUAAAGAUUAUCCUGGUAUUCCCGGCCUAUUCAUUGCUGGAAUAUUCAGUGCUGGUUUAAGCACGCUCUCCACUGGAGUGAACUCAUUGGCAGCAAUAUGGUUCAUCGAAAUGCAGCAUUUGUUCAAAGAUAAGCUGACAGACAGGCAGGCGGGAUUCACAGUCAAAGGGAUCGCUCUGCUGUUUGGCGUUCUCUCCUAUAUGAUGGUCUUCCUCGUACCAUACAUGGGUGGACUUGUUCCAGUGGCUAUAUCACUUUCGGGAGUUUUUGCUGGUUCAAUUUUUGGACUUUUCCUUCUCGGGAUGUUUGUGAAACGAGCAAAUUCUGUGGGAGGCACAGUGGGACUUGUUUCCAGCAUAAGCUUACUGGUAUGGCUGAACAUAGGCGCCCUCUAUUCAGAGAGAAUGGGCCAGAAUGUCAAUCCAAGACUUCCAGCAUCAACCGCACAGUGUUCUGCCAACAUCACCUCACUAUUCAAAGAUGCCGGCAACAGUGAAGAUGCAAUGGUGUUGUACAGGAUCUCGUACUUGUGGUACUGCCUAAUUGCCCUGAGCACAACACUCAUCGUCGGGUUUGUAGUUAGCGUGAUAAGUGAGUGCUUGUUUCCAACCAACAGUGAACACUUUGCUGCUCCGAAUCUCAUGUAUUGUGAUAAAAUUCAUAGUUCAGAUAAAGACAGUAAAGUGAAUCAACUGCUGUUAUGUGAGGAGCAGACAAAAUGCAGAGCAACAAUCAAUACAGGAUCACCCUACCAAUCAACAACGGCGUCUUCAUGAUCUAUCUCAUCUCCAGUCAGGCUGAUAGUGAAUACUUAAAUUAUUUCUACUUCUCUGAUAAAAUCAUGGGCAGUUGUCGUAAUUUUCAUAAAUGUAAAAAUUAACCUGAUAAGUAAGUACCUAUAAUAAUAUUAGUAUAGAAAGUUUACUACAGUAUUAGAAGUAUCUGGAUUGUGAUACGAGAUUAUUCUUUUUCGUUUGUCUUUGUAGGGUCUCCACCAAUUAGCAAUGUAAUAUCUCUGACUCUGACUAUGCCAAUGAUUACAAAUGUCACCUAUGGUGUACUGAUGCAAAAUUACUGAAUAUUGAUUCCUACACACGCUUUAAGUUCACCAAGUCCACAGAAAUGUGAUAAUUUCAUACAGCUAUAUUUUUAGUUUCAUCACGUACAAAAUUCAUUUAAAUUCAUAACUACAGGUGUGUUGUCCUAGCUGUGAUGUGACGUUCUGCGUCACACGUAUAUAGUACUAAAAGCCAGACGAUAUAACAUCGACAUGAAAUAAUACAGGAUCUGAUGUAGGUAUUCACACACGUACGGUAUUCUCCUAAGGUAUUCCACACUCUUUGUACUAGAACUUGAACAAUACUAGGAUCAUAAAUAGAUAAUUUGUUUCUAGAAGUUUUGGAAAUAGAUUUAUUAGUAAUAGCCUAUUGUCACUAUUGUAAAUAUAAAUAAAAAUAUAAAUCUGAGUACCCUUUUUGAAUUAUUUCGUCACGGCAUGCUUCGGCUACUAAAUGCCAUUAUCAAAAGUGAUAGGAAAAUAAAUUAAAACAAAAAAUUAUUUUUUUCCCUAUCACUUGAUAAUGGCAUUAGUAGCCGAAACAUGUCGUGACGGAAUAAUUUAAAAAGGGUAGCCUACUCAGAUUUAUAUUUUUAUUUAUAUUCAAAAGUAACCCUAAUGAGAAAAAGACAAUUGUCACUUUUGUAUACGGCAUUGUGUCAUAUGGCUACUUUGAUAUUUAUUCAUCAAAACUCUGUUGAACGUGAAAUUUGAAAUGCAGUGAUACAUUAUUUUCAACAUAGUAGGCUAUUGAUAACUAUACACAUAAUGUCGUUUUGGGAGCUUUACAACCAUCAUUAAAAUAAUGACUAUCAUGGUAGGUCACUUUUAUACAUUUAUGUACUUCUAAUUAAAAUAGAAAUAGAAUGAAUAAAUUGAGUCAAUAUUAUUCAUGUAA